ACCCUUCGGGGAAAACCAAAACAAAAAAAAAAAAAAAAGUCUCUGGUUAUGUGUGAGUGAAUUCCACAUUUAUGAAUAUUCUUUAGUAAUAUAGCCUGUGAAUUUGUUUAAAUUGGAUAAAAAUGGCAUUAUAUUGUGCAAUAUCUAAUGAGGUACCAGAGGUGCCUGUGGUCUCCCCGUCAUCAGGGGCCGUCUUCGAAAAGCGUAUUAUUGAGAAAUACAUUAUCGAAAAUGGGGUGGACCCGCUAAGUGGAAAGGAAUUGCGAGUCGAAGACCUCAUUGAAAUCAAGACCCCACCAAUAGUGAAGCCGAAGCCGCCUAGUGCAACAUCCAUUCCGGCCACACUGAAGAGUAUGCAAGAUGAGUGGGACGCGCUCAUGCUGCACACUUUUACACAGCGCCAGCAGCUGCAGACUGCUAGACAGGAGUUGAGCCACGCGCUGUACCAGCAUGACGCGGCAUGUCGCGUGAUCGCGCGUCUCACGAAGGAGGUGACGGCCGCCAGAGAGGCGCUCGCCACACUCAAGCCGCAAGUGGGCAUCGCCGCGCCGCAGCCCGCGCACCCGGCGGAGGCAGCGCCGAUGGGCGGCGGCGCCGCGCCUGUGGGCAUGUCCGCGGAGGUGGUGUCGCGGCUGCAGGAACGCGCCACGGCGCUCACGCAGGAACGCAAGCGCCGCGGACGCACCGUGCCCGAGGGGCUCGUGUCGCCCGACCAGAUCCGAGCCUUCCUUACUCUUGCUUCGCAUCCGGGUCUCCACUCAGCCAGUGUGCCGGGCAUUUUGUCCCUGGACAUCAACCCAUCGGACCACAGCAAGCUGCUGACCGGCGGCAACGACCGCAACGCGACCGUCUUCAACAAGGACACGGAGCAGGUGGUGGCUAUCCUCAAGGGUCACACCAAGAAGGUCACGCGCGUCAUCUACCACCCCGACGAGGAUACCGUCAUCACUGCUUCCCCCGAUCAUACUAUCAGAGUGUGGAAUGUACCUACAUCUCAAACAACAGUGAUCCUCCGGUCGCACGACGGUCCCGUGACGGGGCUGUCCCUGCACCCCACCGGCGACUACGUGCUGUCCACGUCCACGGACCAGCACUGGGCGUUCUCGGACAUCCGUACGGGUGCGCUGCUCAGCAAGGUGAGCGACUCCACCGGCGUCAGCCUCACCACCGCGCAGUUCCACCCCGACGGACUCAUCUUCGGCACCGGUACAGAGAACUCGCAGGUCAAGAUCUGGGACUUGAAGGAGCAGAGCAACGUCGCCAACUUCCCAGGACACGUCGGACCCGUCACCUCCAUAUCCUUCUCCGAGAACGGUUACUACCUAGCGACGGCUGCGGAAGAUGCUUGUGUCAAGCUGUGGGAUUUGAGGAAGCUGAAGAACUUCAAGACUAUCCAGCUGGAAGAGGGUUACGCCAUCAAGGAGCUGUGCUUCGACCAGAGCGGCACGUACCUGGCGAUCGCGGGCACGGACGUGCGCGUGUACCUGUGCCGGCAGUGGCAGGAGCUCAAGGUGUUCAACGACCACACGGCGUCCGCCACCGGCGUGCGCUUCGGCAAGAACGCGCAGUACCUCGCCUCCACCAGCAUGGACCGCACGCUCAAGCUCUACGGCUUGGAGUAGUAUAUGUAUUUUUUUCUAUUUAUAUCUAUAUGAAGAGUAUCCAGAAUCCUGUGUUGGUUCAUUACAAAUUGUGUUUUAAUGUCACGGUUAUUGUUAACUUCUAGAUGUCAACAAGUCUUUUCUGUGAGUUUUACUAUUCCUAUAAAAUAUUAAUCAAAUCUAUCGAACCUAUUUUAAUCAGUUUUCGAAACAAGAAUUUGUGUAAACACAGGCCAAUACUUAUCGUGCAGGUGGAACUGCACCGAAGUCUAGUUCCAGUAUAAAGUAAGUUUCUAGUGAUAAGGAAAUUAGAAUUACAAUUUAGUUUUUAAGUUUCAUACAAGUGACUAUUGAGUAGCCAUCUUGCUAAAUAGUUAAUUUGAAAGAAUAACAUUUAUUUGUGAACAUGACUUCAAUUCGUUAAAAAUAAACAAAUUGAUAUAAAA